UGUGGGCGUGUCAAGGAGGAGGUGGGCGGGCCCUUCGCCGGGUAACGGCCGUCGGUCGGUUGGUUUUUCUAGUGUCGUGAGCCGUAAGAGGACCGGUUACGGGUAGUGUGCCCGGCAGGUAGAGGACAAGGCAGCCAUGGCUGGCCAACAGUUCCAGUAUGACGACAGUGGCAACACGUUCCUCUACUUCCUGACCUCGUUUGUGGGGCUCAUUGUCAUCCCGGCCACAUAUUACCUGUGGCCCCGUGACCAGAACUCGGAACAAGUCCGACUGAAAAACAUCCGUCAUGUAUAUAGAAGCUGUUUAUGGUAUCAGCUGAAGUCUAUAAAACCUCAACAGAAUAUAGGUCCAACUGUGAAGAAGAUAGUGUUAAUGCUUGGAUGGGCAUUGUUCAUAUUUCUUGCCUACAAGGUCUCCAAAACAGAUAAAGAAUACCAAGAGUACAAUCCAUAUGAAGUUCUAGGUUUAGAUCCGGGGGCCACUGUCUCAGAAAUUAAGAAACAAUACCGUCUGCUUUCUCUCAAAUUUCACCCUGAUAAAGGAGGAGAUGAUGCUAUAUUUAUGAAAAUAGCAAAGGCAUAUGAAGCUUUAACAGAUGAUGAAUCCAGGAGAAAUUGGGAAGAAUAUGGCAAUCCUGAUGGACCACAGGCUACACAUUUUGGCAUUGCCUUGCCAGCAUGGAUUGUGGACCAGAAAAAUUCGAUGCUGGUGUUGCUGGUUUAUGGGCUAGCCUUCAUGGUCAUCCUUCCAGUUGUUGUGGGUUCUUGGUGGUAUAAAUCAAUCCGAUAUAGUGGAGAUCAGAUUCUUAUUCGCACAACGCAGAUCUACACAUAUUUUGUGUAUAAGACUCGGAACAUGGACAUGAAGCGUCUUAUUAUGGUCUUAGCUGGUGCAUCAGAGUUUGACCCACAAUAUAAUAAAGAUGCCACAAGCAGGCCGGCAGAUAAUAUACUGAUUCCUCAGCUGAUAAGAGAAAUUGGUGGUAUAAAUCUAAAGAAGAAUGAGCCUCCACUAACCUGUCCAUACAGCUUAAAAUCCAGAGUCCUCUUACUGGCUCACUUGUCGCGGAUGCAGAUUCCUGAGACACUAAAAGAAGAUCAGCAGUUUAUUCUAAAGAAAGGCCCAGCUUUGCUUCAAGAAAUGGUUAAUGUAAUUUGCCAACUGAUAAUCAUGGCUCGUAGUCGUGAAGAAAGGGAACUCAGGCCUCCAUCACUUUCCUCUCUGGAGAACUGCAUGAAACUCUGUCAGAUGACUGUGCAAGGCCUCCAGCAGUUUAAAUCUCCCUUUUUGCAGUUGCCUUUUAUUGAAGAGGAUCAUUUAAGACGCGUUUUUAACCAUAAAAAGUUUAAAAUCAAGACCAUUCGGGACCUGGUCAGUAUGAAGGAGUCAGAUCGUCGUCUGCUGUUUAGUUUUCUUGAGGAUAGCAGUUAUGAGGAGAUGGUGUCAGUUCUUGGUAGCUUUCCACAUAUCACAAUGGAGGUAAAACCACAAGUGCUAGAUGAUGAAGACAGUAACAACAUUACAGUGGGCUCCUUAGUCACUGUCCUUGUUACCCUUAAAAGACAGACAAUGGUCGAAGUAUUUGAGAAGGAACAGUCUGCUUGCUCUGCUGAAGACCAGCCAGUUGAAGAUGGGCAAGGGGAAAGUGGCAAAACAAAAAGCAAAGGCUGGCAGCAAAAAAAUAAAACUGCAAAGAAGUCUUCCAAAUCCAAGAAAAAGAAACCAUUGAAAAAGAAGCCUAUUCCCCCACCUUCAUCACAACAGAAACAAGGAAAACAGAAGCAAGCCAAUGAUGUGACUGCAAAUGAUGUUGCAUCAAAGGAGGAAGAAGAUGAUGUUUCGGACAAAGGUAGUGAUUCUGAAGAUGAUGAUACUAAUAGGGAUUCUCAGAGUGAUGGGAGUGACAAGGAUUCUGACAGGGAGAACGAUGACAAGCAUGGCAAAGAUGAUGAAGCGGAGUGGCAAGAAUUGCAGCAGAGCAUUCAGCGUAAGGAUCGAGCUCUGCUAGAAACCAAAUCUAAAGUAACACAUCCUGUAUAUAGUUUAUAUUUCCCAGAGGAAAAGCAAGAAUGGUGGUGGAUUUACAUAGCAGAAAGAAAGGAUCAAACAUUAAUAUCUAUGCCCUAUCAUGUGUGUACACUAAGGGAUCAAGAAGAGGUGGAGCUAAAAUUUCCAGCGCCAAGCAAACCUGGCAAUUAUCAAUACACCGUGUUCUUAAGGUCUGAUUCUUAUAUGGGCUUAGAUCAGAUAAAACCACUAAAGCUGGAAGUUCACGAAGCUAAACCAAUUCCUGAAAACCACCCACAAUGGGAUAUCACCAUGGAGGGCGAUGAUGACCAAGGAGACAGUGAGGGCUUUGAAGAAAGCUAUGAUGAGGAGGAGGAAGACGAGGAAGAUGAUUAAGUUAAAUUAAAUAAAUAAAUGGACUUAAAAGAUUUGCACAUGGUCGUCUGUCUGAUAUCGGAGCUAUUCCAUUCUCCAGAGCCACAGUGUAGAAGUUUUUGAGGAAAUUGAUUAUUAUUUUUUUUUUAUU